AUGUGGGACAAGGCUGUUGAAUUAGUCUCAUGGUUUCUUAGCGGUCCUGGGCGUAACAGUCGGAUAAUCGCUUUAUUCAUGCUGAUAUUAAACUGGAAGAGUGUACCGUUUGUAUGGACUUUUCGCGUCUUUAGUGCCCUUACCUGUCACUUGGUCCUGCGUGAGUAUCAUGCGCAUAGCCCUGACAAGCUGUUUCACUACAGCAUUUGCCAGUCGCACGCCACGCUGUAUGACAUCGAUUACAACCUUCACAAAUCUAACUCGACUUACUUUGCCGACCUCGAUGUCGCCCGGAUACAUCUCGCCGGGCACCUGCUUGCGCGAGGUGUGAAGGCUCUCUCGGAAAAUUCGAAAACGAAGCUAGUUCUGGACCCCAGAAACCCGACGCGGGCUGCCAAAGGUAGUGUUUCUGUCAGUCUUGGUGCUGUUCAUAGCAGCUUCAAGCGGGAGAUCAAACCAUAUCAGCCCUACGAGAUGUGGACACGGGUUCUAAGCUGGGACCGAAAGUGGUUCUACAUGGUCUCCUACUUUGUCGAGAAGGGGGCUGUGAAGCCGCGGUCAUGGGAUGCUGGCUCAUUUGGGCCUACUCGCAAGACUAAGGGCAAACCCGAGAACUGGGAGAAGAAAGUCUUUGCGACUGCUGUAAGCAAAUACGUCUUCAAGAUCGGUCGCUUGAGCGUCCACCCAGCCAUUGUAAUUGGGGCGAGCGGGCUGCUUCCCGAACGUCCGGGGGGCUGGAUCGUUGCCGACAGCUGUAUGAAGCAUACGGCGAGCAGUACCGACGCCGAGACCAAAGAUGUAAUACAGGAGGCAGAAUGGGAUUGGCGGCGCACCGAGGGCGAGCGCCUGAAGGGUUUGGUGCACGCAAAGCACUUUGCUACUCUCGACGAGCUUACCAGCCAAUUUGAUGGAGGCGAAGAUGGAGCUUUUGGUAAAUGGAGUUUAGGUUAA